AUGGCCCCAACAUUUGACGUGGCAGCUGCCCGCGCCCAGUUUCCAGCUCUGCAGCAGGAGCAGGUCUUCAUGGACAAUGCAGGAGGGAGUCAGGUUCUGCGAAGCGUGGCAGAUUCUAUCCGCUCCUACUUGUUGAACACUAACGUCCAGCUCGGUGCCACGUAUAAGGUCUCCCAAGCUUCAACCACGGCAUACGCAGAGGCAUACAAGGUUGCUGCUGGUUUUAUCAAUGCUCGACCGGAGGAGAUCAGUAUUGGUGUUUCGACCACCCAGCUCCUGCACAAUCUCUCCACGGCCCUCAAGCUCCAGGCUGGUGAUGAGUUGAUCCUAUCCAAGCUGAACCACGAAGCAAACACGGCUCCCUGGGUGCGGGUUGCAGAGCGUCUGGGCUUGACGAUCAAGUGGUGGACUGCUUUGGACCCCAAGAACCCCGUCUGCGAUGAGGCUCAGCUAAAUGCUUUGCUCUCGAAUAAGACAAGACUAGUCACUUGUCCCCAUGCUUCGAACAUCACUGGAACCAUCAGUCCGAUCCGUGAAAUUGCAGAUGCCGUUCAUGCGUAUCCUAGGGCACUACUCUGUGUGGACGGAGUGGCCUUCGCACCACACCGACAGGUUGACGUGCAAGCUCUCGGAGUCGACUUCUACGCCUUCUCCUGGUACAAAGUCUACGGCCCACAUCUGGCGCAGCUAUACGCCUCGCAGCGCAUUCACGACCAGGUUCAGUCACUUGCCCACUUUUUCAAACCCACCAACACACUAGACCUGAAGCUCAACCUGGCAUCAGCCAACUACGAGCUUAUCCAGAGCAUUCCGGCCGUGGUGGAGUACUUUGGCGCCGAGCCCGACAAAACCUGGAGCGAGAUGGCGGCCCACGAGGAGCGGCUGCAGGAGAUUCUACUGGACUUCUUGACUGCAAAUGACCGCAUCGCCAUCAUUGGCGAGCCCUCGUCCAUCAAAGAUCUGCGCGUGCCAGUCAUUAGCUUCACGGUUCGUGGCGUCGGUAGUCAGCAGCUAGUUGAAGCGGUCGAGAGCCGGUCUGCCUACGGGUUCCGCAGUGGCCACAUGUACAGUCACCGGUUGCUAGCGGAAGUCUGCGGCUUGGCAGAUGUGGAGGAUGGUGUGGUGCGGGUUAGCUUCCUGCACUAUAACACUGAGGCCGAGGUUGAGGGGCUGGUGAAGGUGCUGGGCGAGGUGCUUGAUUCGCUGUAG